UUCUUCUCGGUUCGUUGGUCGCCCCGAUGGCGCACACACACAGCACGCACACGUAUACGCACAUUUUUCCCCUCCGAGUACUCCAUGGCGUCACACAGCUGACGUGUUAACGUGCAGUCGUGUGCACCCCAGCCGCGUGAGGUGGAAUGAGACGCGAGGAGCGCGUUAAGACGGGAUCGCAUCACCGCACGUCGGCACGCAGGGCGGCCCUCAGGGGCGAGUCGAGUCUUCUCGGGAACGAGCGGCGGAGUCGCGCGUAACCUCGGCGUCCGUUCUCGGCGAGGAUCAAUCCCGCUCCGAAUGCGCGACGGAACCGCGAGUCACCGCUGAAAGCCCUGGCAGGUCGCCUACCCCGCGAAAGAUGUCGUUGACAUUUCAGCAGAUUAUAUUGGAUGCCAAGAAAUUGGUCAUUCGAAUUUCAGACCAUGAGAAUACCGCAGAUACUUUGAUAAGCGAGGUAGAAGCUGUGUGUGGACAAAUUGAUAACAUGAAGCAGUAUCAAGAAGAAGUAGAAAUUUUAAAUACAGAAGCAAAGCAAAGACCUCACUUGCAACUGAUUGCCGGAAUACAAAGGGAAAACAAACAUUUGCGAGAAAUACAAGCAGAGAAUAAGGAGUUGAGAAACGCACUGGAAGAUCACCAGCAUGCGCUCGAGCUCAUAAUGUCUAAAUAUCGACAACAAACUGCCUCUUUAUUGCGUCUCAGUAAAACUGAUUAUUCGUCAAUGCAUAAUUCGAAAUACGCUAAUAUGAUAACCAGUCAAGCGGAGAAAAUUAACGAAAUGGCAGCCGUAAUGAAAACAGCCGCUGCCUUAGAUGAGGAGAAUGAAUUGAAGGAAAAGGAAGCGUUCCAUUCUUUAAAAGAGGAGAACGCCACGCUCCGAGAGAUAGUAAAUAUUGCAAAUAAAUACGGUUCCUUAAACAAAGAAUGUUCUGUAGAAAGCAAAACCGUUCAAACAGAUCCGCCAAUAGAUUAAAGAAAUAUUCGCUCCUAGCACUUUUGAUCCUUUUUAUAAAAAGUUGACCAGUAUUUAUUUCACACAUAAACUCAUGACAUUAUAUAUUACUUAUUAGAUAAAGUCUAUUACAUGUACAAUGAGUAAGAAGUGUAUG